AUGUCUGAAACCCCGAUUGAUAUCGACCCCAACUUCUACAGUCUGAACGAGCCAUAUGCGCUCGAAGAUUUCCAGUCUGAAACCACCUCCAUUACGUCGGAGAUUCACAAGGGCCGCAUGGAACAUGGCCGACGGAGUCCCUCGGAUGACAAGCAGUUUGAAGCCUUUGAGGCUGCCCAUAUCGUCUGUCUCGUGCUCGACUACCACCAGCCGAAUCCUCUGCAUCGAGCCCCGAUUGGCGAUUUCCCCAAACAUAUUCUCGAUGUCGGGACCGGAAAAGGAAGCUGGGCGAUCAACUGUCCGAGGCGUGGACCUCUUUCCACCCCCGUGACAUGGAUGCCCCCCAACUGCAUCUUCGAGGUGGACGACGUGCAGCGCGAAUGGACCUGGCGCGAGCCAUUCGACUUCAUCCACCUGCGACAACUACUAGGAGCGUUCUCCGAAGACGGGUGGCAAGCACUGUACAAGCAGUGCUACGAAAACCUCCACCCCGGCGGAUGGAUCGAACAAAUGGAAUUCGAUGUCCGCGUCCACAGCGACGACGCCUCCCUCCCGCCAGACAGCGCGCUCGCCGGCUGGGGCGACGUGUUCAUCGGGUGCGCCGAGCGCGCCGGCCGCUCACUGACAACCCAAGAAACAAUGCGCGGCAAGAUCGAGCGCGCGGGCUUCGUCGACGUGCAGGAGGACCUGUAUAAAGUGCCGAUGGGCCCGUGGCCGCGCGACCGCGCGCUGAAAGAGGCCGGGCAGCUUAAUUACCACCACUGGGCGUCUGGGCUCGAGGGGUAUGCCAUGUGGCUGCUGACCAAGUUUGGGGCGCCGGCGCCGUGGACGGAGGAGGAGGUGCAGGUUUAUUUAGCGAAGGUGAGGGCGGAGUUGAAGAGGCCUAGUCAGCAUAUUUAUGGUUAUGCGUGA